AUGAAUGGUUUCUGGCGAGCUGCAUGUAGCUGUACAGAGUCGCAGUCCGAUGCGCUGCCCCUGCUGGAAGAAGUUCAGUCGCUCAAGCUCGACCACGAAAGCACAGAUAAAGUGUUUGCAGUAUGCGACGCCGAUGGGAUGGAAAUCGGAUCCGUGAAGGACAGACCCGUUGGCCGUCUGCAUACAUUUGAAUGCAUGUCGUCAUCGCAGCCAGAAGAGCUUCCUCUUGACGACUUGCCGCGGCCGAGUGUUUCUCUUGAGCCCAGUCCACGCUCAAAUCCUCCAGAGGAGGAGGAGCAGAAGGAGAGUAUCAUGAGCGAUGAGUCAGAUGACGACGCCGUGGAGGCAGAAGAGAAGGAGCCUCUCGAAGAGAUGCGCGGAUGGUUAAUGUGUUACGGUGAACCCAGCGGGGGUAAUCGCCUGCAGGUCGCGCGCCUGGCGAAAGCAUCAGCUGGCACGCCGGUAGCAGGACUCUUCUGGAAAAAGCGCUACAUCCAACUGGUGGAUGCCCAGCUACUAUGCUGGGCGACAGCGCCACAGCAUCGAGGCUCACGGGUAGCCCCAGUGGCCGUCCUGCUCCUGGCGCAGCUCGAGGAAGUUGCAGUGACAGGCAAGACGCUGACGCUCCACAUGAGGAACCAAAAAGGCUGCCUGCAAGCACGCGCCGACAGCGAUGAAAGUGCCAACACUUGGGCCCGAGCGGUAAAAGCUCAUGCAGGCCGUGCUAUCAGCAAAAGCUUGCCUCCCGGCUGGGAUGUGGAGGCCAUGCUCAGCCGCGGCAUGGGCGGUUCGGCGGCGAAGAUGGUCAACAAGGAGACCCUGGACUCCAGCUGCAACGAUGCCUUCCAAAAGUUGUUGGACCACUGCUUCGUUUGCAAGACCACCAAAGACCGUCGCGGGAACCCCGUGCCAAUGCGGCUGGAAAUUGCAGAGGCAGUUCGUGUUCAGAAUGGCGCUGCCUGGUUGGAGUACGACAAGGCGAGGCGCCGAAUCUGCGACAAGGUGUUUUCAGCGUACCAGUGGGACAAGCAGCACUCCGACUCCGAAUCCUGCAGCUCCUCCAUGACUGCC